ACCAACUCUACUUAGUUGGUCUCUUCUUGUUUUCAUCCAGCGCUUCCUCUUCCCUUACUCUUGUCCUCGCUCAAAACCGGGUCUUCUUCCACCCUGUUUUCAUUGAUUUUCUCUCAUUGCUUCUCUGUGUUCAAUUAACUCUAAUCCCAUGGCGUCUAGUUCUACAAACUCUGUUCGACCAGAGAAUGAGGCUAUGGCUGCUUUCCAUGAAAUCGCGCCAUCUGCAUCUACAUCCUCAACACUCAUCCAAAAGCCGUCUUACGAUGUGUUCAUCAAUCAUCGUGUACCAGAUGUCAAAAAAACUUUAGCCACCAGAAUCUACAAUAGCCUUCGUGACAUGAAGGUAACAGCUUUUCUAGAUUCAAAGGAGUUGGAAUAUGGCGAUUUCUUGCCUGCAACAUUAGAAGCAGCAAUCCGUGGUGCUACCCUUCAUAUAGCAAUUUUUUCAGAGAGCUAUGCAGAAUCACCUUGGUGUUUGGCAGAGCUCUCAUAUAUGCUUAAAAGUGGUGCAAAAGUUAUUCCCGUUUUCUACUAUGUAGAGCCUACUGAUUUAAGAUAUGUAGCUCAAAGGAAAGGAAAGUACGUUCAUGCCUUUGAUAAGCAUGAAGAGAAGGGUAGAUAUAGCCCAGAAAAGCUUCAGGAGUGGAAAGAUGCACUCUACAAGGUCUCAUUUUUCACUGGCGAAAUCAUCAAAAAUAGUGAUGAUGAGAUGGGGUUGCUCCAGAAUAUUGUGAAUAUUGUACAGAAAGAGAAAAGCAAUGUGUCCCUAGUAGUAGCAAAACAUCCAGUAGGUCUCGACGAGGCAGUAGAAGACUUUGAGAAUACACUCCAACUUGCCCAGGGUCAUCAGGAUGUACAGAUUGUGGGUAUUUGGGGGAUGGGUGGUUCCGGUAAGACCACGCUUGCCAAAGAAUUAUACAACAGAAGAUGCUCAUCCAUGGAGAGAUCCAGCUUUAUUUUUGAUAUUAGAGAAGCCAAAGGGAUGUUGCAGAAAAAACAGAUUGAACUCCUCAAAGGCCUUGGUGUGGAUGAAACAUUUGAUAAUGUAGAACAAGGAAAGGCAAUUCUAGCAAGGCAUUUGAGAUCUUUUAGAGUGUUAAUUGUUAUGGAUGACGUGGAUCAUGCUGAUCAAUUGGAUGUUCUGAUACCUAUAAAAGAAAGGCUGGGAAAGGGGAGUUUCAUUAUUGUUACAACCCGAGAAUGUGAAGUUCUUACAUCUUGGGAUAUAUCCUCUGUAUAUAAAAUGAGACCAUUGGAUCCACACAAUGCAAAACAACUAUUUUGUUGGUAUGCUUUUUUACAACCCUUUCCCUUCCAGGGAUUUGAGGUGCUUGUUAAAAAGUUCUUAGAGGCUUGUCAUGGAUUGCCCUUGUCACUUAAGGUAUUUGGAGCACAGCUAUGCGGUAAUAGUUCCAAAGAAUAUUGGGAGUCUUUAUUACAUCAAAUUUCAAGGAUAUUGCCUAAAAAUAUUAAAGAGAUAUUCAAAGUAAGCUACGAUGCCCUGGAUGAUGAAGAGAAAGAAGCGUUUCUUGAUAUUGCAUGUUUCUUUAUUGGAGAAAAGAACAGUUUGGUGAUUGAAUUUUGGGAUGGAUCAGGGUGGAGUGGUCUAUACAUUUGGAAAAGGCUUCUAAAUAAGUGUUUGGUUGAACUUGAUAAGGACAAUCUCAUAAAUAUGCAUGAUCAUUUAAGAGAUCUGGGAAGAGAAAUUUCAAAUCAACAUUCGCCCUCCGACUUUGGUUACCCCAACAGAUUAUUAAUUACGAUAAACAAACAAAGAAAAAAAAAGGAAUUCGAGGAAUUAAAGCUGCAACAUUUACAUAUGGAGUAUGGUCGUCUUUUCUGUCUUAUUUAUAUAAAUUUUUUACAUUAUGUAAUUUUCCCGGAUAUUUCAUUUUUGUUUUCAGCACGCAAAUGUUUUUCCACUAACGUAUGUAAGAGGUUGAUUAAUUGGUGACCUUGUUAAGUUUCAUGGUUGCU